GUGACGGAUAAGGUGUACUUUGACGUCACCAUCGGCGACGCGCCGGCGGGACGCGUCGUCAUCGGUUUGUUCGGCGAAGAAGCGCCGAAGACGGUGGCGAAUUUCAAAGCGCUCGCGACGGGAGAGAAGGGAUUCGGGUACGAGAAUUCAAUCUUCCAUCGCGUGAUCCCGAAUUUCAUGCUGCAGGGUGGGGAUUUCCAACGCGGCGACGGCCGCGGCGGCUAUUCGAUUUACGGCGGCAAGUUCGAGGACGAGACGUUCGCGAUUCCGCACGUCGGACCGGGGGUGCUGUCGAUGGCCAACGCCGGCCCGAACACGAACGGUUCGCAAUUUUUUAUCACCACCGCGGCGACGCCGUGGUUAAACGGCAAGCACGUCGUGUUCGGGAACGUCGUGGAGGGGAUGGACGUGGUCCGCGCCAUCGAAGCCAACCCGACGGCGCGCGGCGACCGCCCGGUCAAGGAGGUCAAGAUCGUCAAGUCCGGCGUGCUUUGA